GGAUUUGAACUCAGGACCUCUGGAAGAGCAGCCAGUGUUCUUUACCACUGAGCCAUCUCUCCAGCUCAAAUGCUAAGUUCUUAAUACUGAAAAUAAAACCUUCAAACUAAACAACCUUUUGGCUGCAUCAGGCCUAUAGCUGUCCUAGAAGUGCUCCACUUGGAGAAACAUGGGUGUGUUUGUGUACAAUUUCUGUCACACUUUUCAAAAUAAGACUUUUUCAAAUCCAAGAAUCAUAUAUGUCACAGUUAGGGAUUCUCUUACUAUGACAAAACACUGUGACCAAAAGCAACUUUAUAGCAGUUAGGGUAAGAACUCAAACUGGGAGGCAGGAGCUGAUGCAGAGGUCAUGGAGAAGUGCUUGCUGGCUUGCUCCUUUUUGUUGUAGAUCUGCAUGAGAGUGACCACUAAUACCCAUGUGACAUUCAAUACAAGGCUGUCUUGAAAUUCCUUUACUGGUACUAUUAGUCCAAAACUCUUCAAUUCAGCCCCAGGCAGAUCCUUAAGACAACGGCAGGAAUCCGCCACAUUUUGCCUGUUCAUCACAGGUGUCGUCUCUAACAUGCUGGUGUUCCCAUCUGAACCCUGUGAGAUGGGCCUCCACUGUCCACAGUGCCCUCAGCACCAGUGUCUUCCAAGCUUCUAGGAGCAGAGCCCAUUAGCCCUGCUUACAUGUUCAACAGCUUUCUCAGUCCAAAGUCCCAAAGUUUUCCACAUUCUCAAAUGUCACAGCAAUAGCUCAUGCCCUGGUGCUGCUGAAAGAUGCCAUGACUGAGGCAGCUUAUAAAUAAGGCUCUCAGUUCCAGAGGGUUAGAGUCCAUGACCGUCAUGGUGGCGGCAGCCAGGCAGGCAGGCAGGGACUGGAGAGAUAGCUGAGAGCUUGCAUCUGAUUUACAAGCAUGAGGAAGAGAAAGGGGGCUAAAUGGGAAUAGCAUGGCCUUUGAAAACUCAGAGGCCCACUCCAGAGACACCUCCUCCAACAAGGUGACACCUCAUAGUCUUUCCACACACUGGAGAUAAGUAUUCAAGUAUAUGGGCCCGUGGUAGCCAUUCUCAUUCAAACCACAGUCCAAGAUGUUCCUGUUCCCACAUCAUUUAUUUACAUAUGCCUUAUAAUUCUUGCUUUUUCACAAGAUAAUCUCAUGGGUUCCAGGCUGCCUCAAACUCACUAUGUAGCUAAGGAGAGCCUUAAACUUCUGAUCACCCCUGCUUCCCCUGAGUUCCUGGACUACCAACAUGUACCUCUAUGCCCAGUUCACUGCUAUUUUUGUUUUUAAAGUGUUUUCUGCAGUAUUUGAGAGCAAGCCUAAUUAACAUUUAGUUUGUUUGAGAGGAAGGAUCUCUCUGUCCUAAGAAAAUAUUUGUUGGUGUUCUGGCAUUGAUGCUAUACAAUGGGCACAUCUGUGUUUUAAAUCUUAGCCUUCCAGAGGGACCAGUUUCAGGGCGUUGGUUUUCAAAGUGCCCCUUCAGCUUCGUGUCCGCAUCCACCUGUCUGAGUCCUCACCAGUUCUAACUGAGAUUAUGUCAUCCCAGCCUAUUAUACCAUGGAGCUCUGGUGCAAGGUUACUGGAAUUCUGCCUGAAAACUACUGUUUCAUGUUACUGUAUUAUACCUUCCUGGUGUAUAAAAGGCCUUUAUGCCAUCUUGUGUUGUCAGGAAAUAACUUCAAGGGUGUAUAGUAAGUUUAUUUACUAAUUUUGUUGUUUUACCUUUGGGGAUAAACUUAGAGACUAUGUCCAAAGACACAAAGAUGAGGAAGACACUGUUCACCCUCAGGCAGCUCAGUCAAACGGUAGCUAGCAGUGACUGAGUGGAUGUGUAGAGUCAGACUUACAGUGUAGACAACUAGAAUGCUUUCUCCUUUGCCGAACCAACUGGGACAUUCUAUGUUAAUACAUCUUUAUUCUAUGCUAGUAAAUCAUGGAACUGGACAGAUUGCUCAAAGGUUAAGAGCACUUGUUGCUCUUACAAAAGAGCCAGACUUGAUUCUCAGCACCUUGUGGCAGUUGACAGCUGUCUGUAACUCCAAACCCUCUUCUUCCUCCAUAGGCACCAGGAAUACAUAUUGUACACAGACAUACAAGAAAAGAAUCUAUACACAUCUAUACACAUGAAUUUAAAAUGAUUUUAGAAGUGUUUUUAAAUAUUUAUAUAAUAUUUAUAAUUCAUACAACACUAUUAAGAGCUUAAUAUGGGGCUGGAGAGAUGGCUCAGUGGUUAAGAGCUCUGACUGCUCUUCCAAAGGUCCUGAGUUCAAAUCCCAGCAACCACAUGGUGGCUCACAACCAUCUGUAAUGGGAUCUGAUGCCCUCUUCUGGUGUGUCUGAAGACAGCUACAGUGUACUUAUAUAUAAUAAAUAAAAUAAAUCUUAAAAAAAAAAGCUUAAUGUGGCAAAGUAAAAAAGUUUACUUAACAUGAGUUUAAAGUAAUUAAAAAAUCUUAGGAAAAUGUUUUGUAUCUAUUGUUUGAAUAGUCUCUUGUGUUUUCUAGCACUGUGCAUCUCAGGUUAUUAAUGUUUAGCUCAACCAUGUAUUUCAUGAGGUUCCUUCCUGUUUGUAAAGUUGAAAAACCACACUAUCAUCUAGGUAUAGUAUUAUUGAAUUUUGUAGGAUUGGUUGUUUGCUGUAGUAAAAGACAUAAUGAAAUGACAGAUUUACAGUGUUAUCCUGGAUUAUCACUAUAUAUUUAUACCUCUGACUAGAGAAAAUCAAAGUACACCUACUUCAAAUUGACUUUUUUUUUUUUUUGAGACAGAGUUUCUGUCUGUAGUCCUGGCUAUUCUGGAACUUGCUCUGUAGACCAAGCUGGCCUUGAACUCACAGAGACUGCCUGCUUCUGCUUCUUGAGUGCUGUGGUUAAAAGCAUGCACCAUCACCACUCUGGCUUUGUUUUUUAAUUUUUAAAAAUAUCUAUGUCAACCCAAUUAACUGUCACUAUAAUCAGUGACCAUAAAAUAUGAGUGGUUUGUUUAAUAUAAGUAGAAAUUAAAUAUUUCUUAGUAAAGAACCUAGUUGCUCUUCAGGGAAAGACUAGAAUUGGAAUAUUUUUUAACAAGAAGCUAGUUGAUAAAUUAAUAUGCUAUCUGGAUAUAUGAAAUAUUAAUUGAGUAACUUAAAACAGAAAUACUUUGCUGCAAUAAAAUCAUAAGAGGGCAUGGGCAGACAAAUAACAAUCAGGUUUGUAAACUAGGGCCAGGCCGGGGCAGUGUCGAUUGACCUCAUUGGCUGAAUUAGUCUCUUUUGGUAAAGUAGGAAGUUUAUCUCAUGAAAAGACCAAAUGAGUUCUUUUGAUGUGAAAAUUUGUAUAAGUUUACUGUAAAAUGAAUUUUUUUCACUUGUCUUCUGUAGAUCCUCAGUGUUAAAGAGAGGAGUUUGAAAACCUGUUUUGUUGGGUUAGAAUACUAUAGUUCUCCCGCAAAUAAAAUGUCUCUUAAACAGGACAAGUGAACUAAUGUAUGAUGUUCUUGAUGAAUCCUUACGAAGAGCCGAGUUAAAUCACAAUGUCACUUACGACUCUGGAACUUCUUUACAGAAUUACAAAUGCACAGAAUGUAGUAGUUAUUGUACAGAAAAUGCUUGAAUAUUUACAUCAGAGCAAAGAAGAGUACAUCAUCAUCAACUUAGUCGGCAAAAUAGCUGAAUUGGCUGAGAAAUAUGCUCCUGACAACGUGUGGUUCAUUCAGACGAUGAAUGCUGUGUUUUCAGUGGGAGGAGAUGUAAUGCACCCAGACAUUCUCAGUAACUUUCUGAGACUGCUAGCAGAAGGUUUUGAUGAUGAAACAGAAGAUCAACAGUUAAGACUCUAUGCAGUUCAGUCUUACCUCACCUUACUAGACAUGGAAAACACUUUCUAUCCACAGAGAUUUCUUCAAGUUAUGAGUUGGGUAUUAGGAGAGUAUUCCUACCUCUUAGAUAGAGAAAGCCCCGAGGCAGUUAUGACCAGGCUCUACAAGUUACUGAGGAGUGACUCCAUUUCUUCAGAAACGAAAGCAUGGUUGUUUGCUGCAGUAACCAAGUUAACACCUCAAGCUCAUUCUUCUCCCAUAGUUGAGAACUUAAUCCAAGAAUUCACUGUAUCCUUGAAUACUUGUCUGAGACAACAUGCAUUUGAAUUGAAACAUCUACAUGAAAAUGAAGAGCUUAUGAAGAGCUUGCUUCAGAGUGCUCAGAAUUGUGACGACAUCAUGGCAGAUGCUUCUUUAUCUUUUCUGGAUGGUUUUGUGGCUGAAGGACUCAGUCAGGGAGCAGCACCUUAUAAGCCCCGUCACCAGCGCCAAGAGGAGCAGCUCUCUCAGGAAAAAGUUCUCAAUUUUGAACCAUAUGGACUAUCAUUUUCUUCAUCUGGCUUCACUGGACGACAGUCUCCUGCUGGCGUUUCUCUGGGCUCAGAUAUAUCUGGAAACAGUGCUGAAACAGGGCUGAAAGAGGCAGGUAGCCUGAAGAUGGACGGCAUAAAGAAAUUAUGGGGUAAAGAAGGUUAUCUCCCCAAGAAGGAGAGUGGAGCUGCUGAUAAACUGGAAGCCGCACAUGCUCCUGCAGAGAGUGCAAUGAUGGAGAAUGUAGACCAAGCCAUGACUAGGAAGGACCAAGCUCAAGGCCACACCCCUUCUACAGAGGAGAAAGAAAAGCAGCUGUUGGCAUCAUCGCUGUUUGUUGGGCUAGGACCAGAAAAUACGAUCAAUUUGUUGGGAAAAGCAGAUGUUGUGUCUUACAAGUUCAGGAGGAAGUCAAAACCCAAGGUAGCCCAAAGUGACAAGAUGCCCAGCGCUCAUGCCGCUCCCUCCUCCACCCUUAGCCCUGUGUCCGAUGUGGCUGGGGGGGAUGAGGACAGUCUGAGCGCUGCGGAUAGAGGAGACGGGGAGCUUGGUUCAGAGCUGUUGGGUUCUGAGUCUGUCUUGGAGCUGCCCUCAGUUGAAAACCUCUCGAGUGUCAGCUUGCCCGUGUCUUCUUUGUUUGCGGGUAACGACAUGGAAGUAUUUCAUCCCCCUUCAUCCUCUGCAACUUCAGCCGUCAAGGAAGUCAGUUUGGCUGCUCUGUUGGAAGAAACUCCUGAAUGCAGGCGUUCAGCUCUCGUGGAAAUCUGUAGUAAUGAAACUGUGGCUGUGUCUUCUUACAAAGUCUGGAAGGAUGAGUGUUUAUUGCUGGUGUGCUCAGUCACUAGUAAGACUGAUUCAGAGUUCACAGAUGCUCAAUUAGAAAUUUUUCCUUUGGAAAAUUUCAAGAUCAUUGAGCAGCCUGGAUGUCCUUCACCUGUGAUGGAAGCAGAAAGCACCAAAUCCUUCCAAUAUGGCGUGCAGAUGGAAAGCCCUUGUGUAGAGGGGACUCUCUCUGGUUUUAUAAAGUAUCAAAUGAUGGAUACACAUCCUGUUCAACUGGAAUUUUCCAUGAACUUAUCACUACUAGAUUUUAUUAGGCCAUUAAAGAUCUCAACUGAAGACUUUGGCAAACUCUGGUUGUCUUUUGCAAAUGAUGUGAAGCAAAAUAUAAAAAUAUCAGAGCCUCGAGUUGCACUGGCUUCUGUCCUGACAGAGCUGCAGCAGAAACUCAGACUUUGCGUGGUUGACGUCAUAGGCAGUGAAGGUCUGCUGGCCUGUAAGCUGCUUCCGUCCACCCCCUGUAUCCUGCACUGCCGAGUACACGCUGACGUGGUAGCCCUGUGGUUCCGAUCCUCUAGCUCUGUUCUUUCAGACUGUUUAUCUUGUCACUGUCAGAAAGUGAUGCAGACAUCCUAGCAAAGUUCUGUUAAGUUUUACUUUUUUCACAUAAAUGGUUUACAUUUACAACCUUACCAAAGUAAAAAGCACUCGUGGUACUUCUCAUGGGAAUGGGGAUUUGUCAGGUUUGGGUUAUGUGUUUUCUUCUUGAUUCCUGCUAAGAAUGAUCCCCAAGAAACUAUGUCAUUAAUUUUUUUACUCAGGAUUGUACAGUGUGUUUGGGUCCCCCUCCCCCAAAAUGACCUAAACUAAUGUUAUAAAAUGCUAAUUAUUUUAUGUCACUUAAUGUGGAGGAACUGAAAAUAUUUAUUUUGUUAUAAGUGUUUUAUAGCAGGUUUAUUCUAGCAUUCACUGAUUUCUAAUAAGGCUGAAUCUUGGUUCUCUGCUUCGAUGUAGAGGACACAGAGACUGAUCAUCACCUGAAUCACACUUGGCUUUGGAGUACAGAACUUGUUGUAAGGAUAGUCUGUGCUCCCAGUUCUGUUUUGCUCAGGUCAGGGUUAAACUGAGGUGGCCUAACAUGUACUAACCAUUGUACAAGACCAUGAGCAUGCUGGGUAUGGGGCAAACACAAUCUGUGUUUUUUUACUUUUUAACUUGUUAUACUUAAUUUUAAGUAAUUUGAUCAUAAAGUAUAUCUGUUUCCUAUUAGAUCCUUUUUGUAGUUAAAAUUUUUGACCAUAGAAUAAAUGGCCAAUUGAUUUUUUUUUCUGGUCCUUAUAUCUACUAAUAUUAAGUGGUUGUUACUGAGUAGUGACUUUGUAAAUAUAUCCUACAAAUACUUCAGCAAAAUAUAUCAUGUUUCAUGUUAUAUUUAUGCUUAUAGGCCCUCUGUUAGUAGAAGAAGAGAUUAUGCCUUGUAUGUGUGAUGGGCCAAAAUCUUGAAAUUGUAUAUUAACUGAAAUAGUAUUUUAUAAAGACUAAUAAUGGUGCUGUGGGAAAUAUUUAUUUUACCCUUUUUGGUACUUCAUCAUUGAAACUAUUCAGGUAAUACAACUUAAGUUAUUAUGUUAACCAUUCUAGUUCCCAGGACUGGUUAUCACCUGGGCCAGGCACUCUGGUUUUACAUUAUCUCACCAAUACUUGCUGUAAAGAUGCUAAGGUGGAAGAGAGGAGGAAGAGGAGGGAAAGGAGGAAGAAGAGGGGGAGGAGGGGGAGGAGGAGGUGGUGGUGGUGGAGGUGGUGGUGGUGCAUACCUUUAAUCCCAGCACUAGGCAGAGGCAAGCGGAUCUCUUGAUUUUGAGGCCAGCCUGGUCUAUAGAGCAACUUUUCCGGACAGCCAGGGCUACACAGAGAAACCCUGUGUUGAAAAAUUAAAAGAGGGGGGGAAAGAUGCUAAGAAGAGUCUACUGAGCUGUCAUCCAUAGUUAGAACAAGACAAAAAGUAGUAUUUUAUAAGUUAACUCUUGGGUUAUGCAUUUGUAAAUGUAGCAUUUCGUUAACUUCUCUCUUGAAUACAAGCAGUUAAGCCUGGUUAGAAGAGCAGGAGGCUGGAAUUUCCUGUAGUUGGUUUCUCCCCUCAGUAGAAGACCAGAUGCAUUAUCAGCCUCUGCUCUGUCAUGGUAGAGGGGUCCUGAAGCAGCCGCUUCAUUAGCUUCCUCUUUAUUGUUGCAUUCGCAGCCUUCCCUGCUCCUUGCCCUUAACAAGCAGUACAGCAUGUAGUGUAGAUGGGCUCCUUUCUGUGUGCAUUCUUCCAGGCGUUUCUGUGGUCACUGGGUUGGUCGGUUGUGGAGCAGGGGGAGUAAGGUCUGUAAGAUCAAAGUGACGGCUGUCCCGAGGAUCAUGGUUGUUUGCUUUGCUGCUGCUCUGUCACAAGGGAUGUUCAUGAGAGCAGCAGUAUUGUCGUGGGACGAAUUGGCCUGUCUAGCAGUGCAUGUGUAAACGGUAGGUUUGGGGUUGAGACGUGACUUUAGAUCUGCCAAAGAGAGCAUAGUGUCACUUUUGUUCUUUCUGAACUCACUAAAUAAAAUGUAGAGUAACAGGGUUUCUGCAAAAAUGAUUAUUAGAAUGUUUACAAUGUUUAUGAUUUUAAUAAACUAAUAAUAAUAGAAAAGAGUAGAUAUUUAAAACUUUGGACCAGUACAUAGUCUAUCUAAACUCACUGAAUUCUGAAUCAGGCAUCAUCAAUCUUUUUGACCACAAAAUAGGGAGAAUUUUAGGUCUAGUCUUUAUUUUAUCAUCAACCAAUGGGGCUGACGUGUCAGGGAAGAGUGACUGCGUGCUCUGUGCCAAGUACCUUUACCAAGGAUGAAUGACUGCAGAGCAAGGCUGGGCACAAAUAAAGGAAGACAGAAAGAGCAUGAGAGCAAUGGAAAGAAGAGGUGGCCAGGCUCCCCAAGAAUCGUCCCCAGGAGGUCAGCAGAAGAGCUAGUGCUCAGGGUGGGAGGAGCCUGUCUUGGUCCUACUGAAGAAUCUGUCGGAGGGGCUGAGCGGUUUCUGGGGCUCCUGUGCCAAGUCUGCCCAGCACAGCAAAUGCUCUGCAGGUGAGAAUUAGCUAAUACGUGUCUAAGCUCGUCCAAAUUGAUUGUAUAAAAGUACAGUAUUUUAUUUUCACUUUACCAUAGGUUCUUUAUUUUCUAUGGAUAAACAUGAUCUUUGUCCCAUGGUAAACUAUGAGAAGUGCACUGAAGCUAUUCAUGUGUCUUUAAGCUGUUUUCCUAUGUCAGAAUUUUAGGAGAGAACAACAAUGCAAGUGAAUAGCAACUUAAUAAAUGAUGCAAUUUUUCUUUGUUUUGGCAUUGAACUGUGUAAAUUGAAAAUUUUUUAAUUGAAUGUAUAAUAAAAACAUCUGUCCUUUUUUGGGUA